AUGGCCGUUGGAAAGGUAACCUUCACCAAAGCUGAGCGGGACAAGCUGGCCCAUGUCCUCUGUCUCCUCAACUGGAUCUCGGUGGUCACGGGGGUCAUCCUCUUCAGCCUGGGCCUUUUCCUCAAAGUGGAGAUCCAGAAACGGCAGGAUGUGAUGUCAGACCAGGAAAUCCUCUACGUGCCAAACAUGCUGAUCACCACAGGCGUGGUGGCUUGCUGCAUCAACUUCCUGGGAGGGAAGAUCUGCUACGACUGCAUGGACACCACCAAGUUCCUGCGCUGGAAGCUCGUCAUGCUGCCUUACAUUGUCUGCACCUUCUUCUUCACCUUCUGCGUCUUGCUGGGUGCACUCCUAUGCUACAGCAUCCGCAGUCAGCUGGAAGAGUCGCUCUUCCUGGGUUUAAGGAAUGCCAUGAACUACUACAAAGACACGGACACGCCGGGCCGCUGCUUCCUGAAGCACACGCUGGACCUGCUGCAAAUCCACUUCCAGUGCUGUGGGAACACAGGCUACCGAGACUGGUUCCGCACCCAGUGGAUCAACAUCCGCUACCUGGACAUGACCAGCAGCCAUAUACUGGACCGUGUGAGGAGUAACGUGGACGGCAAGUACCUAGUGGAUGGGGUACCGUUCAGCUGUUGUAGUACUUUCUCCCCCCGGCCGUGUAUUCAGUACCACAUCACCAACAACUCAGCUCACUUCAACUACGACCACCGAAAAGAAGAGGAGAACCUGUGGAGGAAGGGCUGCAGACAGACGCUGCUGGAACACUACACCUCCAUCAUGCAGUCCAUCGGACUCAUAGUCCUUAUCAUCUGGCUGUUUGAGUUGUUGGUUCUGACGGGCGUCCGCUACCUCCAGACGGCUAUGGAGAAUGUCCUGCGCCUCGGAGAGCUGGACUCGGAGUCUGACGGCUGGAUUCUGGAGAACAGUAUCGCCGAGACUGCCCGCUCCAACUUCAACAUCAUCAAGAACCUGGGGAAGUGUUACCAAGUUGACGACGACCCCAACAUCAACGUCCCAUCACCGCCACAGGCAGAGCUCCCCUCCCGUCACAUCCCAACGGCCAGCUAG